UGCGCCUCUUCAAUUCCAUUCCAACCGUUGUUUAAAGCACAUCUGCUGCGCAGAAGCAAACAGAAAAAGUUUCAAUUAUUUAGCAAGCAAGAAAAGGAAAAAGAGUAAAAAUGUCAAUUGUUCCACUCUUGAGUCUGGCCCGCGAUCUAGAUAGCGCCUACAACGACUGGGACCACUUCUUGGACGAUGAUUUCGGAUUCGGACUGCAUGUUAACGAGCUAUUCCACCGUCCACGUCUGAUGAUGCCCCAUCAUUUGCAUCGUCGCCGCUCUCACUUUACACCCUAUGAGAGAAACCAUCACCAGUUGGUGCCUGCACGUCGCCGCGCCUCCGCUGGUCAGAAUGCACUGCUGCCCAUUAUUGGCAAAGAUGGUUUCCAGGUUUGCAUGGACGUGGCGCAGUUUAAGCCCAGCGAGCUGUCUGUUAAGGUGCAGGACAAAACGAUCAUAGUUGAGGGCAAGCACGAAGAGCGCGAGGAUGGCCACGGCAUGAUCCAGCGCCAUUUUGUGCGCAAGUACACCUUGCCCAAGGACUACGAUGGUAACGAUGUCGUCUCCACGGUUUCCUCGGAUGGUGUUCUAACGCUAAAGGCACCUCCACCGCCAAGCAAGGAGGCUAACAAAGAGCGCAUUGUUCAAAUUCAACAAACGGGUCCUGCUCACCUAAGCGUCAAGGCACCAGAGGGCGCUACCGACGGCAAAGGCAAGAGCGAAAAUGGCAGUGGCGAAAAAAUGGAAACAGGCAAAUAGAGGAGGGAGCGUACAGAGGAAGGAGUUUAGUCGAUAACUGAGUGUUGCCACGCUGCUCGGAGAGUGUAAGACUUAAAAAAAUAAUAAAAGAACACAUCACAAACUUUGUCACAUUUAGCUAUAAGAUAUCUUAAAUGUAACAUUUUGAAACGUAAGAAUUCCAUU